GAUCGGCCGUGCUAGCGGGCGUAUACCGGGAGCUGUGUACUUGCUCGAAGGUUGGGGCAAAGCAAGCUGGUGCUGCGAUGUUCAUCCUACAACUGUGGGUAUGGGAGCAUCUUCCAAUGUUCGCACCUCUCGACCCACGUCCAUACCGGAGAAACGAUGAUGAGCUCAACUUUCUGCAAAAUCUCCCAUACGGUGUCAAGUGGAUAGGAGCAAAUACGAAUGACCAUCAACCUGAGCAUUCGUUACUG